GUUUGGAAGUGGCAGUUAUGUGCCUGCUUUUGAAUGCUUUGAGGAAGAUGUCAGUUGGCCUGGUUUCUUUGCAGAUAAAAAGGUUGCACACUACUGUGUUGUUGCCAUCAAUAUGGAAUCAACUGAGAAUUAGCGUUAGUUGCAGGUCAGACAUGUUUAACAUUGGAAAAGCAUUAGGGCAUCUUUGUUCUGUUUCAGGAUUUGGUUCACAGGAAAUACUGCUUUUGCAGUCUGUCUUGAAGGUGACUGUGAAAGUGACCCUUUCAAAUGAAAGCAGUGUGCUGUGUCUUGUCACAGGAAUGAUUGGAUGCAAUGUAUAUGUUGGUGAGCUUCCUCAAGAUUUUCUUCGCAUUACCCCAACCCAGCAGCAACAGCAAAUCCAGCUGGAUGCCCAGGCAGCUCAGCAGCUACAGUAUGGAGGACCAAUGGGCACAGUGGGCAGACUCAGCAUUACUGUAGUACAGGCAAAACUGGCCAAGAACUACGGAAUGACGCGCAUGGAUCCGUAUUGUCGAAUACGGCUCGGAUAUGCUGUGUAUGAAACUCCAACAGCACAUAAUGGAGCCAAGAACCCCCGCUGGAACAAAGUCAUUCAGUGCACUGUUCCCCCGGGUGUGGACUCUUUUUAUCUAGAGAUAUUUGAUGAGCGAGCCUUUUCAAUGGAUGACCGCAUUGCUUGGACACACAUCACAAUUCCUGAGUCUCUGAAACAAGGAAACGUGGAGGAUGAAUGGUAUAGCCUGAGUGGAAGGCAAGGUGAUGACAAGGAAGGAAUGAUUAAUCUGGUUAUGUCAUACACGUCUUUGCCAGCUGCCAUGAUGAUGCAGCCCCAGCCAGUGGUCCUGAUGCCCACUGUGUAUCAGCAAGGAGUUGGAUACGUGCCUAUAGCAGGGAUGCCUGCAGUCUGUAAUCCAGGCAUGGUCCCAGUGGCAAUACCACCUCCUCCGGUUAACCCUCAGCACCUGUGUAAUGAAGAAGACCUGAAAUCUAUCCAGGACAUGUUUCCCAACAUGGACAGGGAAGUAAUCCGCUCAGUGCUAGAAGCUCAGAGGGGGAACAAGGAUGCAGCUAUCAACUCCUUACUUCAGAUGGCUGAAGAAUCAUAGAUGCCCACUUCCUGCAUAGUCCCCGUCCUCGAUGCCACUUAUUUUUACUUGCCAAGCCAGGGAUUUAGCUAGAGGAAGAAUUUCCCAACAGCUUUCUGUUAGUGCAUCCUGUGUGAAAGAUUAUACCCCUUUUCUCCUUGGACAUUUGGAUCUUUCUCACUUUCUU